CUUAAAUACAUGUAUAUAUAUAUGGUAUAAUGGAAGAGGUUUUCAUUUAGCAUUGGAUAUGUAUGCUGUGUGCGUUUUCAUUUUCCUAUCUGUAUCUUGUAAUGUGAUUGCUGGGUCUCCAGACUGUUUUGCAAAGAUUGACACCAUAAUUCAAGAAACCUUCCGAUGCAAAUCAAAACAGAUUGUUGGUGUCUCAGUUGCUGUAGUGUCAUCUGGAAAUGUUAUUUUAGAAAAAGGAUAUGGCGUGAAGGAUAUAGAAACGAACGAUACAGUGACUGCGGAUACGUUGUUUGGAGUCGCAUCAUUGUCAAAAGCUUUUGCAAGUACAUUACUUGUGAAACUUAUUGAAGAGAACACAAAAUACUCUUUAAACACAAAAGUCAGUACCAUCUUCAAAAACGAAGGGAUUUUUCUCGAUUCGUUGAGGUCAAAGUAUGCUACCAUACGAGAUCUUUUAUCUCAUAAACUGGGGAUACCAGGAAACAACCGUAUACGAUUGGAUAACAAUUUGACACGUGCUAAUGUAAUACACCGAUUGAAGUAUUUACAAUCAAAAGGAUCGUUCCGAGACAGUUUCUUCUACAACAAUUUGAUAUAUGGUGUACUGACGCAUAUCGCUGAAUUGAUUGGUAGAGAAAGUUGGGAGAAAUUAGUAAAGACACAUCUGUUUGAUCCAAUCGGUAUGAACUCUUCUUCCUUUUUGACAACAGCUGACUUUGAGAAGAUUGACUUAGCUAAGGGGUACAUUGAUUAUUAUGGUAAUUUGAAACCUGUUCCAUUUGAGUUUUCCAGACGAUGGGCAGACUUGUGUGGUUCUGGUUGUGUAUUGUCUUCGGCACGUGAUAUGGCAAAAUGGAUGAAAUUCUAUCUUGAUGAAGGGAAACUAGCUGAUGGCACAAGACUUAUUUCAAAAGAGGCCUUUAAAGAUUUAACGAGACCAGGAAAUGUCAUUGCGACUACCUAUACGUCAACAUAUUUUACAAAACCAAAAGUUCCUGUUACAACAAGUAAUACAGGAUAUGCCUUGGGGUGGAGAACUGGACACUAUAGAGGUAUAAAUAUAUAUAUAUUUAUUCCUGUCAUAAUUGUUCUGCAUAUUUUCAAUCCCUUAUUUGUAAUCAUAUAUCCUUUUAUCCACGUGAAAGACACGGGUAUAUUAAAAAUCAUUAAAUAUCUUCAUUCUAUAAACUAG